AUGACCGAUCGAGGAGAGGGCUGGAACGCCCGUCUGGGCGUGAAUACGAACGAAAUCCCGACGCCCCAACACCUGCCCAACGCGACGUCGGGCGCAGAACAAGACCGGUACGGCGGCUGGUUCGGCGGAAGGGUCGCCGACAAGGCCGGCGAGAAGAUGGACCAGGCCGCUGAGGCUGUCAAGGAGAACCUCCCUCGCGGCGCCGGCGCCGAACAAGAACGCUUCGGCGGCUGGUUCGGUGGCAACAAGGCCGACAAGGCCGCUGACAAGAUCCGGGAGAACGUGCCCCACGGCACCGCUGCUGAGCAGGAGCGCGUCGCCGGCUGGUUCGGCGACAAGGCCGACAAGGCGGCCCGCAAGUUCGACCAGGCCGCCGGGAAGGUCAAGGAGAACAUCCCGCGUGGCGCUGGCGCUGAGCAGGAUCGCUACGAGGGCUGGUUCGGCGGCGACAAGCUGCCUUCCGCCGAGGACUUCAACGAGAGGCUGCCGCACGUCUCGGGCGCCGAGCAGGAUCGGUAUAACCGCUGGUUCGGCGGCGACAAGGGACCUUCGGGCACCUGGGUCCGAGAGCACCUCCCGCAGGCCUCGGGUGCCGAGCAGGACCGCUACGCCUCCCAUUGGGAGGGCGCCGCGGACAAGCUCACCGACAAGAUCAAGGAGAAGUUCCCGCGCGGCACCGCUGCCGAGCAGGAGCACGUCGCCGGCUGGUUCGGCGACAAGGCCGACAAGGCGGCCCGCAAGUUCGACCAGGCCGCCGAGAAGGUCAAGGAAAACAUCCCACGCGGCGCCGGCGCCGAGCAGGAGCGUUUCGGCGGCUGGUUCGGCGGCGACAAGCUGCCGUCGACCUCGCAGGCGGCGGAGCAUUUGCCCAAGGCCUCCGGAGCCGAGCAGGACCCAUUCGGAUCCCACUUCGAGGGCAAGGCGCCGUCGGCGGACCGCAUCUACAGAAAGCUCCCCAGGGUGUCGGGCGCCGAGCAGGAUCGGUACAGCUCCCACUUCAGCCUUCACCCGAGCAACCCCGUCAACACGGCGACGACGACGACGCUCGGCCUCCUCCAGAACGCCCUCCUCCCGUCCUUCGGCCUCCACGCCGGCCUCAGCACCGUCGCGUACGCCGUCGCUCGGUACACCGACAGAGCCGAGGCGAAGGACUGGCUGUGGCCUUCGGGCCAGGUCGCCAACGCCUGGUGGACGGCCAUCGGCGCCCGCGUCGUCCACGACGGCCUCUCGGUCCCGGCGGCCUGGAACUCGCUCGGCUACACCCAGAAGCUGCUCCUCUCGGGCGUCAGCGCCUGGGGCGUGCGCCUCUUCUACCGCGUCGCCUCCCGCAGCGUGAAGCGCGGCAAGGACGACGCCCGCUACGUGGCCGCCAAGAAGAGAGACCCCAAGUUCUGGGACAAGGCCUUCUUCACCAUGUUCCUGCCCGAGGCCGCGCUGCAGGCCCUGAUCGCCCUGCCCUUCACCCUGCCCUUCCGCGCGCCCCUCACCUGCGCCGCCAGCUCGCCCUUCACCGACUACCCCGAGACCUUCCACAGCCUGGCCGUCUUCCUGUUCACCGCCGGCUUCGCCCUUGAGACCCUCGCCGAUACCCAGCUGGAGGACCACUCCCGCAAGAGCAACGAGCUCAACCGCGAAGGCGUUUGGAGCAUCGUCCGCCACCCCAACUACCUCGGCGACGCCCUCUGCCACCUAUCCUUCCCCGUCCUCCUCUACAGCGCCGGCAUGCUGCACCCGCUCGCCGCCCUGGGCCCUGUCUUCAACUACUUCAUCCUCCGCUACCUCGGAGGCGACAAGGAGAACGAGGCCAGCCAGGAGGAGCGCUACGCGAAGGAGAACCCGCUCAAGUUCCAGCAGCUGCAGGAGUACAAGCGCGACAAGAACAGCUUCUGGCCCAGUCUCAGCGAGUACGACAACAAGUGGGUGCUGACCGUCGCGGCCGUCGGCGCCGUCGGCGUUGUUGUCGAGAGGGGUCUCUUGGCCUACUUCCGGGGCUGA